GCAAGCACUCCCACCAUCGGCGAGGGCGUGAAAGUCAAGUGAAACCGCGAAAGCAUCGCCCAGCAUCGCAGCCACUGGCCCCAAAAAGGGUUGACCGAGGGAAAAAGUGAAAAGCGAAGAAAAAUUCGAAUUCCAACUCAGCACCGUGCGAUUGUGCAGCGACACCCGGGGAAAAACCACGGCAUUCGGAAGCUCGCCAGAGCCUUUUCCUUCAUUCAUUCCGGAAGCGAAAGUGUGCGUUGAAUUCUUUGUCUCUCUCACGUGCCCUAUCUCGUGUUCGCUUCCACACGUGCUGGCUGGCGACGAUAAAGUGAAUUAACGGGAGUAAACAUCCUGACCGGAAGUCGGCAGGGAAACCGGUAGCCGCGGGUUCCUUCUUUCCUCGAGGCUCGAGAGGCUGCCUGGCCAUUACUUGGUUUCGAUUUUCCCCAAAUUUAAAACCCCAUUACUUGCCGGCCUGCUGUGCGUGUUUCUAUUGUGAUCCCUGUUGCUGCAAGACACCCGGAAAGCCGUAAAGCAUGGUGCAAAAGUAUGAAUCUCCGGUCAGGAUCUACAAAUAUCCGUUCGAGCUGGUCGUGGCGGCAUACGAGCGACGCUUUCCCACGUGCCCGCAAAUGCCGAUCGUGCUCGACUGCGAGAUCAUCGAGGACAACCUGUACGACAACGGGGCUCGGCGUGACACGGAGCGGCGUUGUACGAUCGCCGUCGAGGCGCCGUACCUCAUCAAGAAGAUCAUCGGCGUCGAUGUGGUGUUCUUCAUCCAGAAGAACUUCCUCGACAUGCGGACGCGCACGCUGAGCAUCGAGGCGACGAACGAGUCGUUCGCGACGCGCGUGGAAAUCUUCGAAAAGUGUCGCUACUACGCGCACCCGGAAAACCCGGACUGGACGUGCUUCGACCAGACGGCCACGCUCGACAUUAAGAACUUCUUCGGCAUCGAACACUCGAUGGAGAAGAUGGGCAUGAAGCAGUACACGCAGACGACGCUCAAGGGCAAGGAAAUCAUCGAGUACUUCGUGAACGAACUCAAACAGGAAGGCGUAACGCACGUGGAAAGAUGGGUCGAUGACGGCACCAGUGAAGAUCACAUCAGCAAGAGCACCAGCAGCGGCACCGCUGCCGGAGCGUCCGAGAAGCCUCCGCUGUUGCGCGACAAUUCGAUCCUUGACGCCGACUACAUCGCCAAGUAUCUUGGCCAACUAACGCCACUGCAGGAAUCGAAGCUGGUGCAGUUCCGCAAACGGUUCGAAGAAACAGCAGAACACCCGGAACCGGACUACCAAACGUUGCUACGUUUUCUCCGGGCGCGUGACUUCAGCAUCGACAAGUCGACGGUUAUGCUACAGGAGUCGUUACAGUGGCGCAAGGAGCACCGGAUUGACGACAUUUUGGGCGAAUACAAAACGCCGGCGGUCGUGGAAAAGUACUUCCCGGGCGGGUGGCACCAUCACGACAAGGACGGUCGACCGCUCUACAUUCUGCGGCUCGGCACGAUGGACGUGAAAGGAUUGCUCAAGUCGGUCGGCGAAGAUGAGCUGCUCAAGCUGACGCUACACAUUUGCGAGGAGGGCUUGAAGCUGAUGAAAGAGGCCACGAAACUGUUUGACAAGCCGAUCUGGAACUGGUGCUUGCUGGUCGACCUGGAUGGCCUCUCGAUGCGGCACCUGUGGCGCCCGGGAGUGAAGGCCCUGCUGCGUAUCAUCGAAACGGUCGAAAAGAACUACCCGGAAACGAUGGGACGCGUGCUGAUCGUCCGAGCACCGCGCGUUUUUCCGGUGCUCUGGACCAUUGUCAGCGCGUUUAUCGACGAAAAUACCCGCUCCAAGUUUCUGUUCUUCGGUGGCCCCGACUGCAUGCACAUGGAAGAUGGCAUAGAGCAAUACGUGCACACGGACAAGAUUCCCAGUUUCUUGGGCGGCUCGUGCAAUACGCUAAUACACGAAGGAGGUCUGGUGCCGAAGCAUCUCUACAAAUCGGAGUCGAUCGAGGAGAGCAACGGGGCCAUCCAAGCGCACGAUAACCAUGGGCUAUACAAAUCGGUUGAUCUCAAGCCCGGCCAACUGUUCGAACUGGCCAUCCGCAACAACGAUCCGAAGAGUGUGCUCACCUGGGACUUUGAGGUGCUGAAAAAUGAUACCCUGUUUGGCGUGUACCAUACGACCAAGGAGCUCGAACGCAACGCCAAUGAUAACUUUUCAUCGGUAUUCGACGCCGCCGGGUUUACGGAAGGUGUCAAUUAUAGUAAAAUUGAACAAGGCGUUCGAUGCCGCCCGAAAGAAGGUGUACAGGGUUCCCACGAAAUGGCCAACACCGGCACCUACGUGUUGCAGUGGAUGUGCCCACCGUCCAGUGACGGGCCAGCUCAACUGAUGUAUUUCCACGAAACGCUCAGCUCUGCCAACUACAAAGGCUCGAUGACUAGUCUGCAGUCGGGAUUCUCCUCCAACAGCCUACAAUCCCGAUGAUGAACAACGAAUGAGACUGAACCGAGCGCUGCCAGCCAGCCCUCGGCUGCAGCCCAAUCAUCUGUCCACUCAAUCAACCCUUUGCUCUAGUGGUUCCCCGCACUCUAUGGGGAGCACAGAGACCGGGUCCGGGGUCACUUUGUGGUGUGGCACACACACCACGUGCUUGCACUGACCCGGCACCGAUGCAGCCAAUGAAACCAUUUUUUUUACCUAAUGUUAUCCACUCUAUACCGGAAUCCUUGCUUGCGCGACAGCGCAUUUGUGCAAAGUGUUUUUACGAACAAACAGGAACAGCAGCAGUGAGAAGCAUAAUCAAUUAAUGAAACAAUCUCAAUGAGCAAACACAGCAAAACCGAUCUCGUAGUUUCACAGUAAUUUGUAAAAGUAGUACAGAAGACAAGGAGAGCAGCUAGUUUCGUACGAACGUUAGGAAAAUGCUACUUCCCUGCCGUCCUACCGUUGUGUCCCGUGUGAGGAGGACAAUAAUAGAAGGCGAAGUGUGCUGGGCGCCGAACGCAAAGGACACGAAGAGUGAUUUUGUGCACAUAACACACUACUUACACCACACACACCAUCCCCUUACUAUCUCUGUCUGUGUCUGCAAUGUUGGCCGUUCGCGCUUUGGUAAAACUGUAACGAUGUAAAUCUCAUUCACACAAUCACGAACUCGAUCACGAAUCUUCAUUGGCACACCGUGUCCGGGAGUAGGUAAGCCACGGUCGCCUAAUGGCACAAGGCUGAACGAAUGUCGAACCAGAACCAGUCACCUGGUUUUUAUGUUUCUCAUGUGGAGCAGAUCAUGUGUGUAAAUAUUCUUAUACUUAACUUCGGUAGUAUCUCAUUUUUCAUAAAAUAGCUAGCCGCCCAACGCAGGCGAAUGUAGGCACACACCAAUCGUGAUAGAUAUCAAACGGCGUGGAAAAGUGUAACUUUUUUAUUUGUAGUUUACAAAUCACUUGCGUAUGAUAUUUUAGAGCUUAGAACGUAUUGUACUGUUACGAUUUUAUUGUUAGGAAGAAGAGAAAAACAGCCAACAUACUCCCGGGUUUCCCGAAUCUUUUAGUCGCAUCUCAACUAAUGCACUAGAUGAUGGAACAAUAUGCUUUUGUGUACAGUGGCUAGCAAAACAAAGUUUAUUCUAACAAAACAAAUGGUUAAUACGAGGAUGCAAAAAUUGUUUUAGUCAAUCAAAGAUACGUCGAAAGUAGAUAUUUUAUUUAGGAGUAAUUAAGGGAAAACACCAAAAAUUACUAUUGAUUACUGAUUACUAUUGAAAAAAAAGUUUAUUUUGUUCUAUGCUUGCCAUUGCGCUCAGACAAUAUGGUAAAAACAGCGUUGUUUUGCGCCCUGUGGUCCUUUCUACAGUCCUCAGGUGCUAUUGUUGAUCAGAUUGUUUUAAUUUUAAUUUAUUAAAUGUGAGUUAAUUCUGUUGAAUUUCUUGGAGGUAGGAUAAAAUCUUGACCAAUGAGACGUUUGCCUUCGGGAAUUAUUACUUCUUUCGCCAAUGUUUGGUAAGCUUUCGAGUCACCGUAACCAGGAUAGGUUUUACACUCUCCCGUUUUAUGGAAAAAAUGCAUCCCUGCAACAAUGCAACAUAAUGUUUGUGCAAUAUCCGUGUUGUUUUUACCAUUAAAACUCUUAUUAAUGACCGUUUAACGUUCUGCAUCGAUGAGUUUAGAAUAUUUCAAGGUUUUUAUCAUCUCACAAGCUGAGAAACACUAUAAUGUCUUGUGAAUUCUUCAACGUGAGUUUCUUACCCUUAAUUUUGCGUUUUGACUGUUGAAACACAUAAAAAAUCGCGCCACUCAUAACCAACUGAAUCUACUCUAGUUGUUUAAAAAUUGGGGGCCCGUAUUAUUCAAACGUUCAGUUGAUAAACUAUGUUUCGCUAGCCACAGUAUUGUGAAAUCCAUUAAAUGCAACAAUAUUUGAUUUGAUCUAUCUAGAUCUAAGUGCGGCGCACCAGCAUUAGUUUUUAUUAUCAACAUCAAUCAACGUUUAGCAUACAGAAUUUUUACUAUCAUCAAAUGGACACGGGGAGAAUGAUCAUCUAGAAACAUUUCAUCAAUACGUAUCGUACAACACUAAUGCAGAUGGAUAAACAAACUAUACAAAAGGAAACAGCCGAAAAUUGCUUCAAAUGAACGAAAGCGUAUCAUUAUUAGUGUAUAUUUUAUAUUCAUCCAAACUGCUAGAGCUACGUGUGUGCCGCGUGUGUGACCCUCUUUCCAAACCCUGCUGCAAGAUACUAGUGAAAGAGUGAGAGUUAUUGUUAUUUAGGAACUAGAAUGAGAAAGGGUUCAUUUUAUAUUACAGGACCGCAAACGAAUGAGGCGAGUUUUUGAUUGUUCAAAAACUUUUAAAUGACACGGGAUGGGUUUGUUUUUUCAUUUUAAUCAUCUAAUUUUAAAACAUAAACGAAACAAAGCAUAAAACCAUACCGUCAGUGUGUCAGAAGGGGAAAAACAGAGGAUGUUUGUGCAGCGUUUUUGGGGUCAAGUUAAAUCUAAUAGCUUUUGCAUAGCCACCAGAGUACGCUACUAUUGGUACGAAAUUGUUAGUAGAUUUUCACGCAUACGCAACGUGAUAGAAAAAUUGUCAUCCAUUGCGCCGGGGCGUCGUAGUAGAGGCAAACGCAAACAUAACCCACAUUACACACAUAUUGUCCAGCGAACGUCUGUAGGGGGCAGGACGAGUACAGUGCAAAGUAGCGACAGUUACAGAAGAAUGGCCCCGGGUGGUAGUGAAAAUUCUUAUAUUCGGAAAAGACGAGAAGAGAGUACUGCAAACGACACAUAAAUCACAGUUUAUGAAAGCAUUGUAUUGUCGAAUUUAGUUUAUAACUGCAGAUAAUAAAGAAAUAUGGCAAAA